ACGGUCUGACAGGGCGCUGGCCUUGGCCCUCUUAGACGGACUCGAUUGCAAAAAUUUCAAAGAUUCAUCGAAGUGGUCUGGCUCGACCCUCUCAGACGGUCUCUGUUGAAAAUGGGAAGUGCUAUCGUAACAGUGUAUGGUGUAAUCCUCAGCAGACAGAAAUGAUUGGGAAAACCUAAAAGAAUAUUAAAGUUUGCAGGAAAGUUUUGUCUUGAAGUCAGAAUGACACAUGUCUAGGACCCCCAACCUCCAAAAAUCUGGGAUGGAGUUCGAGAUGCUUCAGAGGAAGGGGGGGUUUCAGCACAAAUUUCUAUGGUUAAUAAUCAACCAGUUGGUGGCGAUGACUGUCUCUAUCUGAACGUGACCACUAAAAAUUUGUCAGAAAAAAAACCAGUAAUGGUCUGGAUUCAUGGAGGAGGUUUUACCACUGGUUCGGCUGGUGCAAAAUUACACAGGCCGGACUAUUUUCUUCAACAUGAUAUUGUCUUUGUUUCGAUUAAUUACCGCCUUGGGAUCCUAGGAUUCCUAAACAUGAAUAUAGAUUGUUGCGCAGGAAACCAGGGUCUAAAGGAUCAAGUUUUAGCUUUAAAUUGGGUUCAGGAAAAUAUUGAAAAUUUUGGUGGUGAUAAAAACAAUGUUACCAUUUUUGGUGAAUCUGCGGGUGGUGUAUCGAUUCAUUAUCUCUGCAUCUCACCUUUAGCUAAAGGCUUAUUUCACAAAGCAAUUAUCCAGAGUGCGGCUGCCAAUAAUCCUUGGGCUUUUCAAUUUUCUAAUAAAGAAUACGCUAUAAAAUUAGCUGCUAAAUUAGGAAAUUCAUCGAGUAAUCCUGAAGAAACGGUAAAGUUUCUCCAGACCCUAGCUGCACAAGACAUUGUUGUGGCCCAAAAGAAAGUUUUUGUAAACAAAGCAAAGGUUUUAGACUUUCUUUUUGUACCAACUGUUGAUGAUAACAGCUCAAAUCCAUUUUUACCAAAACCAUUAAAUGAGACGUUAGAAAAUGGCAUCGAUGUUCCUGUCAUAAUUGGCUACACCUCCGAUGAAGGAAUACUUACGUUAGCGGAUGGUGACUCUGAAUCUGAUGAAUUUUACCAGAAUUGUGACAAGACUUUUGAAACAGAUUUAGCCAGCGACUUCAAACUGAAAUCAAGUACCCUAGUAUGUCAUUUGUCGAAAGAGGUUAAAAAUUAUUACUUUAAGGGUAAUCCAGUAACGAAAAAAGAUCAAGCUGCUCUUAUUCAAUACAAAAGCGACGUAAACUUUGUGAAUGGAAUUAUGCAAAUGUUAGAUAUACAAUGUCAGAAAAACACGCCAACUUAUCUUUAUAAAUACUCACAUAAUCCAGAAAUUUCCCUGGUACAGAUGGCAUUCAAUUUAAAGGUGAAAGGGGCCUGCCAUGCCGAUGAUCUAACUCAUCUCUUUUACAUGACUACUUUCAAUGCUAGGUUACAACUAAAAUGUGGUACAACUGACUAUUUAUUGAUGGAACAUAUGACAAAAAUGUGGACAGACUUUGCGAAAACAGGGAAUCCAACUUCUAGUGGAGCUGUCAAUAUAAAGUGGCCUCCAUAUAUUUCUGAGCAGAAAUCUUGUCUUCAAAUUAAAAAGGAUUUAGAAAUUAUUGAGAAUUUCGAAGAAGAAUCGUGGAAAUUCUGGAAGCCUAUAUUAAAUAAAUAUAAAUUGUUUUAAUUUCAAAGUAUAAUAUAUAUUUUAGUAUUAAAGUCUUUGACGAAUUUCUUAAUGUUAAUACAUUCAAAGGAAUAAUUAUUUUUCAAAAAUACUUAGUGAUAUUAAGUUUGCUAAGAUGACAGUACAACGAUUUUAAUCAAAAACCCGAUGAAAUUCUUUUUUAAAUGCGAUAAAGGAACCAUGGAAGAUCUUUUCAAGUGAUAUUAAUCUAUAAACCUAAAAGACCUAACUUCUAAAUAUGCUGUAUGUGUAAUAAAGCUUAGUAGCGCAACGUUGCUAAAUAAAGGAAUAUCAAUUUCCUAUUA